ACCACGAGCGGAAGAAGCACUUCGCGUUUGUCAAGCAUUCAUUCUUACCUUGACUACUGGCCGGUUAAAAGUCCAGCAAAAUUGAAUACAGUUAACAAUUAUUUUACCAGUUUACUGUUCGUUAUUUAUAUUUUCAAUAACACAAAAUAGUGCUUUGGUUUUUAUAAAGAUUUACCAGUACCGGUAUGUCUCUUCUGUGUUACAACAAAGGCUGCGGGCAACGUUUUGACCCAGACAAAAAACAAGAUGAUGGCUGUACAUACCAUCCUGGCAUUCCUGUGUUUCAUGAUGCUUUGAAGGGAUGGUCCUGCUGUAAGCGCCGGACAACAGACUUCUCUGACUUCUUAAGCAUUGCGGGUUGCACUAAAGGUCGGCAUAACAAUGAAAAACCCCCUGAGCCUGUCAAACCAGAAGUUAAAAUAUCAUCUGAUAAAAAAGAUUUGGAAGACCUGAAACCAAAAUUUAAUGAGUAUAUCAUCCAGGCAGCUAAACCUGUUGAUUCAAUAAUAAGACCAAGUCCAGAUGAACCGUUUGUAAGGCUACAGCAGAAAGUAUCAUCAUCACUUAAACAGGCUUUGGAAAAAUUCAAAUUGAGUGCUGAGAAUGGGCCCGAAAAGACUGAAGAAGAAAGCGAUGAAAUAAAAGUUGGAACCUUGUGUAAAAAUGGGGGCUGUUUAAAGACCUUUGUUGGGCCAGAAAGCAAUGAGGAGACAUGCUGGUUUCACCCUGGUGUACCCAUUUUUCAUGAAGGGAUGAAGUACUAUAGCUGCUGCAAAAGAAAAACCUCAGAUUUCAACACCUUUUUGGCUCAAGAAGGCUGUACAAGAGGAAACCAUUUAUGGAGAAAAAAAGAUACUGGGAAGAAAGUUGUUCCUUGCAGAUUUGAUUGGCAUCAGACUGGAGGUCAAGUGAUUAUUACAAUCUAUGCCAAAAACUCGAUUCCAGAGCUGACCUAUGUGGAUGCAAAUAGCUCUGUGCUAAAUAUACACGUAAUAUUUGAAGGUGACAAGGAAUUUGAACAGAAAAUAAGCAUGUGGGGAGUUAUUGAUGUUAGCAAGAGCCAUCUCAACAUGACAGCCACUAAGAUUGAGAUCACCAUGAAGAAAUCAGAACCAAUUACCUGGGCGCGGCUUGACCUACCACCCGUGCAAGUGGAGGAAACAAAGAAAAAUGGUGAUGCUGAUGAGGAUUGCAAAGAAGAUUAACAAACUGCCUAGAAAAUAUACAGGAUGUUUUAAAAGUCUGAAACCAUACUUAUUUCUGUAGGACCUGGAAGAAAGGACUGACUUGUUUUUUACAUGUGGAUGGACAGUAUUUUGAAUGUGUAAAUUACACCCUUUCUUGGUGUGUGGCCUGUGAUUCCAGACUUUGAAACAACCUGUAAUAAAAAUGUAUUCUUAGCUUUAGUGUACAGGAAUGGCAGUGAUGUUUGUACUACAGUGACUUAUUUUAAACCUAGAUGAAUGUCAUCAGCUUGUAAUUCAUUUUCUUAAGAUGUUUGGCGGAGCAUUUAAUCAGGACUUAAAACAUUUGUGUGGGGUCACCUGUUGAUCUUUUGAUUUAGUAAGAUUUGUAGAAUUAAUCAAAGUGUCUGUGGCUAAAAGGGAAGUGCAGAGCAGAUAUAUUGUUGGUUUAAUGAAUCCUCAGUUUGUGCUACGAAUUCACAAAAAACUUGAUUCGAAACCAGUCUGAAAAAUUCAACAGAAAAGUGAAUACCAUUUUAUUACGCAGCACUCAUUUCAACAAUUACUUAAUUUUUAGUAUUACACAUUUCACUUCAGCAUUUAAUAUUGUUUGCUAAAAGUAAUACAUUAACAAUGUUAUUACAAAUUAUGACAAAGCUUUUAUUUACAGUAUAACUUUGAACACAGUUCUGCGUUCCUAACACUAUCUGGAUAAAAUACUCUCAACAAAGUAUGGUUUUAAAUAGGAUGUUACCUGUAUGUUUGUUCCGCUGUGUUUCUUCCAGUGGGAACAUGGCUUCUUUUAACAAACAACUUUAUUUUAACAUAAACCGUAUUCGGGUCUAUACACCGGUCCUUACCUUCACAGACAGCUGUUGUCGUUGACCUGCCCUUUUAUAGCUUCCUGGCUUGUUAAAUUACAAACAGAUGCAUUACCUUAAUCGUUUGCCAGUCAAUAUGUGUUCUUGAAUAGCUGUGGCAUUCUGGGAGAUGUCAUUAUUCAUUAACAGAAAAAAAUGCAUUUUUUUUUUUUUUUUUUUCCCAUGCAUAUUUUUUAAUGCCUACCAAGGGUAAAGACUCCAUUCCAUUUGGGGUCCUGUGUCUGUGCUACAGUCUCCCAUAUUGUACCACAUAAGUUAAUUUCCCGCUUAUACACACCCCCGAUUUUCUCCACACACCACCCCCCCCCUCGCUAUUUUUUUUUUUAAAUUUCUGAUCAAUUUCAUCAUCGCUUAGUAAAUCUCUAUCAAUUACAUUAAUGUUAGAGUUCAACUCUGCUUUUGCAUUUCUUCCCUGGUUCUAACCCUUGUUCAAACAAGCUUACAGCCCUCUUAGUUUUGCCUGAGUACUUCUUAACCCGAUCACGACCAGUGAUAUUUAGGUCUUCGUCUGUUUUAGGUUUGGCAAAACGAUCAAUAAAUGUACUCUCCGCUGCUUCACGCUCCUUUUGUUUUUUGCAUUUUUAUUUUUCUAAUGCCACUUUUGUAUUUACAAAUUAUGACAGUUCGUUUUUAUUUUUUUACUUCCACUCAUGAGGAACUCAUGACAACAUUCCCACAACUUGAGAGACACUUUUUAACUGUUUGAACUAAGUGUAACAAAAGAGCAAAAACCAAAUCCAACUACAAAAUUAACAAUGCAUUGAAUCUUGUUAUUGAACAAGUAUCAAUUAGGAAGAAAUGUUUUAAGUGGCAUAAACAACUCUGUUGAAUCGGUAAGUAAAUGAUUCAAUUUCUCAUGCCUUGCAGAACUUGAAACAGUGAUUUUUUUUUUUUUUUUUUUUUUUUUUUACUGUUUCAACAUUUGUUUCCCUUACAUAAUGCUGAAAAUCAGCAAGAAUAGUUACCCGCAGGAUCCCUGUGGCACAUCCUCAAAAGUCUAUUGCAGAAGGAAUGGGAUACACACAAUUCUUGCAAGAUUCAUCGUGAUUCAUAAACUUAAGUUUUUCCACACAAGUUAUCUCAUUAAGAGUAAUUUGGCUGCCUUAAGUGUCGUGCUAGUUCUGUAAUUGCUCUAUUUACUAAUUUGUGGGUAAAAUGAAAAUGGACCCCAUCUGAUUAUGGUGGACAGUGCAAAUACCUUGUAAAACAAAACAGAAAACAACCCCACUAGUUUGGUUACAAAUCCUGCAGAAAAUCACUGCUUUCUAGGUGUCUAUGUUAUUCUUAUUUUGUCAUUCUGAGCUAAUUGGCUUACUGUAUUUAGAGCAUGGAGAAUGGUAGUGGAAUUGCAGUACUUUUUCUUCAGAUGAAGAACCUGCAGAAACAUCCACCUAAAUGUAAAUGUACAAUGUGACCUAGAUACACCUAUUAUGAUUGAACUUGUUUUCUAAAUAGUUUCUUUUCGUACAAUGCAUUUUUAGGGUAUUACUGCUAUAUAAUUGCUAAAAAAAAAAAUAAAAAAAAAAAAAAGUACUGUUUGCUAUGCAUGUGGAAAUGUCCGGCUUUGCGCACUUUAAGACCCUGGAACAUCUGUUCCAUGCAUUUUUUUCCCCUUUAUUUCAGACUUGUUUAUUUUUCAUACAGCUCUAAUAAAGUGUAAUUAUAUUA